ACAGCCCAAACUCAGAAUUGCAUCUGACAAGCAUGGCCCGAGUCCUGGUGCUUGGCGGAACGAGCUACGUGGCGCAGUUCGUUCUGCAGCGCCUGCAGCAGGACGGUACGCUUCGGGUGGUGAGUGGAGAUGCCGUGGAGGAGAUUGAGGCUGUGGCGUGCACUAUUCGCAGUCAGCCUUUUGCACCUCUUCCUCCGGGAUUCGUGACGGUUAAAGCUGAUUCCGCCCCAAUGUCGAAGCGAGUUGUGCGCGCUUACUGGCAAGUGAACGUGCAGGAUUUAAGAACUCUCGAUAACUGCAUCGAGGACUUCCGUCCUACUGUGGUUAUCAAUUGCGCAGCGAUUUCGUCUCCUGCAGUUUGUCAGCAGGAACCGGAGAAAGCAUCCGCCAUCAACGAGCCUCGAGGUUUGGUGGCUUUGUUGGGCGCUCUGACCUGGCCAGUCCGAUUUGUGCAUUUGUCGACGGAUUUUGUCUACGAAGGAACUCAACCAAACGGUGCGAGUUAUCACGAGGAUGAUGCCAUCUUAUCGCCAGACUUGUCGGCGUAUGGUUCGGGCAAGCUACGCUUUGACCAUUUCCUGUUAAAGCGCGACAGCUCAACACACUUGCAAGUGUGGAUUCUUCGCAUUGCGAACGUCGUUGGACCAGGAGCUCCAUUAUUCCCAGACAAAAGUGCUCCAAAAUUCAUGGAGUGGCUUCAUCAUCAAUUAUUCCAACUCGAGAACGCUGCACCUUUGAACCUGUGGAGUGACGAGUUCCGUUCGUACCUCUACGUUUUCGACCUGAUUGAGAUCAUGUUCAAACUUUUGGCGAUCGACCCCAACGAACACACUACUCUAGUCAACGUCGGUGGUGUGGAGUCACUCUCGCGCGUAAAACUUGGUCACAAGUAUCUUGCUGCCACUGCAAAGCACAACCCGAAAGCAAGUGCUGCGAUAUCGAGACACAUUGCGCCAACAUCGCGAGCUCAAGUCGACUUGGGAUACCCCUCACCGCUCAACACGAAGCUCAAUACUUCGCGUCUCGCAAACCUGCUACCUAACUUUAUGUGGACACCGACAGAUAAAUUCCUAGACGAGAUCAGUCGCAGUUUUCUUGCUUGAAAAUGUUAUUCAUUCAGGCAUUAUUCCUGUGCAUUUGUUAGCGUGGGGAUAGAAACGAAUGAGCAGAACGAUGGUCGUCAACUUACACAACAAAAGCGCGCCCCAUUCGCGCUGAUGAAGACACCUCUCCAGUUACUGGAUCUCCAUCAAGUUGCCCAUGCUCUGGCGGCCUUUUUCAAAAGCUUGAACGAUAGGGUCUUGCUCACGGCUGCCCGAGUAGACGAAGUCCGCGUCGCACAGGGCGAGGGCGUGGCAAGCUUCGCUGGGACUUUUUCCCUCGCGCAUGAGCGACACCAGCUCAUCGAACUUGGAAGUUAGCGCAUCGCAGCGAGCACGCGGAGGCAGCACAGUGCACAUGGUUUCCAGUGUCAUCUUGGCUUCGCGCAAGGCCUUCUCGUUAUUCUUGGCGUACUCCAAGAGGUCAGCAGUGUACUCACAGAACAAGCAGCCCACAGACAUCGACUUCUGCUCAGGCACUUCCGCCACAGGUGCAGGGCCACACUCUGCAAUACGCGUGCAAAUCGUAUCCACAUAUUCGUUCUUCUUCAGCGAAUCAAUGAUCGCGUCUUGGUGCUUCAUGAGCAACUCACACUGUGUCAUCCAAGAAAUAAAAGUCGUUAGGCACAUUG